AAAUAUGGAGCCGAGGUGGUUGAUGCAGAGCUAGUGUUGCCAACCCACUUGAGCUUCAAGCGCAUUCAGAUGUACGAGAAGUAUCCAAAAGGCCAAUCAAGAGGGAGACAUUGGAAACAUCUCAAGCAGAUCAUUCAGGCUGAGAAUUAUCAGAAUUACCCACCCGAUGAACCAAAUUAUGUUAAUAUAGAAUCCCCGCCCUCUAUGCAUCCAUGCAAGAAAAUUUGUGAUAUAACAGGAUAUGAGGCACCUUAUUAUGAUCCAAGGACCAACCUCCGCUAUGCCAAUACUGAUAUCUUCAAGCUCAUAAGAUCACUUCCAAAUGAAUAUGUCCAAAGAUAUCUGGCUCUCAGAAAUGCUGCCGUGGUUUUGAAGUAAACAUUAGACAUUUUCGAGCUUCCAAAGGUGGCUGAAGCACCCAACUAUACCCAAAGAACCACCUCAACACAAGAAGUUCAAGUACUGGGUGUCAUGGAAUUCUAUCAUCUUCUAAGCCGUGUAGAUUUCAUUUGUCGUGUUAAUUACUAAGAACAAUGCCCUUUCUAUUCCCUCCCUACUUGUUUCUAAUAUUCCGUUUUAUUUUUUAUACAUUGACCGUGUAUGCGCAAUAUACUGAUUGAAAUAUUUAUGAGGUAGUCUAAAGUUUCAAUAGUUACUACA